UACCCCUUCCUCUCUUCGAAUUCCCUUUCUCUUCUCCAAAACCCUAGCCCCACAUCGGCGCCGUAACAUGGCGUCUCGGGGAGGUUACGACGGCGGCUCCGCCACGGGAGGCAAGAUCCGUAGGCGCCCUCCCUCCCGCGUCGCAGCUGCGUCACCCUAUGCGCGCCCGGCUGCUCCUGCUCAUCCAGCGUCACCCUAUGCGCGCCCGGCUGCUCCUGCUCAUCCAGCGUCACACGGCGGUGAAGGGAGCGGCUGGCUCGCCCGUCUCAUCUCCGGUGGCGCAUCGCGCCUCCUCUCCUCUGUGUUUCGCAAGCCGCCUCCUCAGCUCGCCGCGCCUACGCUUUCGGAACCAGAGUUGGUCGACGCUCCUUGCUCGUCGCCGCCGCCGCCUUUAGAGAACGACAUUCUAGAAGAAAACGGAGGAGGGACUGCUAACAAUCUGUCUACUGAUAAUCCUGAAAAUUAUCCCAUUGAUGGAGAUGACAUUCUAAGUUCUUGUUUCAAUGGUAGUAUGGAUCUUGAAGAAUUGUUGAAGCAGAAGACCUUUACAAGGAGUGAGUUUGAAUAUUUGACUGGGUUGUUGCGAUCCAGAACUGUUGGAUCCAAUACAAUGCAGUCAGAAGUUAAUAAUAUAAAACAAACAUUGUCUCCCGAGAAGGAAAAGGGAUCUAGAGACUUACCUGUUGAUUUCUCCAUUAAAUCAUACAGUAUCGCUGAUCAAGUUGCUUCACCUGCAGAACUUGCAAAGGCAUAUAUGGGUUCAAGAUGUUCAGAGGGGGCACCGUUACGCCUUAGAUUGCAUGAACCCUCCUCCCUUUCUGUCAAAUCAAUAGAAUCUGGCACAAUACAAAUAGCUAAAUCUCCAAAGGCCCCACUUCUCGGAAUUUCAAGAUUGUCUGCUUCCACACCCUUUGAUCGCCUUGGAAGCAACUAUAGGACUCCAAAUAAAUCAGCAAUACACAAAAUGUCAUCAUCUCCUUAUUUUAAGGGUCCUGUUUCUUCUAGGGACAUAUGUGGUACUGUAUCUUCAUCAUAUCAGACUGCAAACAGCGUUCAUACAUUUGGCAGGCAGUUCCUGAGGAGGAAGAACAUUGCUCUCAACAAUGAGACUGUGUCUGUUGGCCCCAUACGCAAAAUGCACCAAAGAUAUAACAGAGUAUCAUCACUCUCGGAAACAUGGCCUGGUUAUCGUGAGUAUCCUGGUAAUGAUGCAAGCAAACUGGAUGAAGGUUUCGAACACUCCACACAAACUCAAAAGCGUCUGCGUCUGGCUGAAGUUGACGAUGGCACUCUACGUAUCUGUGGCAACAGUUUUGUUAAAGCACCAGCUCAAUCAACUGAGAUGGCUGCAAAGAUAUUGAAACAGCUUGAUACAUUAGUCCCUUCACCUCCAGAGAAGGAAAGCACACCAGAAACGAAGCAAAAACAUGGAAAUGUCCUGGAUGUUGAGGAUUCUAUUUCUCGGAGAAAGGAAAUACCAUCUCAGGGCAGCCUUUUGGAAUCAUCUUCGUCAUUCAUCCCAGCUGCAAUAGAUGGCAAGACUGUUGAUGCUAUGUCAAACGGUUCUGCCCUCCUCCUAGAAAGUAAAUCAUCCUCUGAAUUAAUUACUUCACCCAAGGAUUCUCUGGAGGUGGACCACUGCAGUGGAAGUAUUGAAAUUGAGAAAAACUACUCACCAAUCCAGGAACAUGCUGCUAACAACUCUGGAACAACAAAUAAGGAGAAUCCCCCAACAGCCUCUUUGCGAAGCUAUUCUCCUUCCAAUCUGGUGUUAUCUAGUGAAAUAAAACGAACCAAAAUGCUGGCUUCAUCAAAUGGCUUCUCAUUCCCUGUCACGGCUGCACCGGGUGCCCACUCACAGGCCCCUCCAACGCCUACUAUGGCAUCUCCACCUGCACUACAUGUUGGAAAGCACAAAUCUUCUGCACUACCCAGUGUGCCAGUUACUUCCCCGGAAAGUGCUCCAAGGUUUUUGAAACGAGUUUCAGAAGAAAGCUCAAUUUCAGACAAGCACAAUAAGAAGUUAAAUGGAGAAAUUCCGCCGGUUUCUUCCAAGGGUGCUGGACAUGUUGCAUCAUUCACUAGUAACCCUGUAUUUACUGUUGCCAGUUCCAAGCCUACAACCUUAAGUAAUGGGCUAGAACAUACAUCAAAAUCAACUGCCUCUGCUGUUCUGGCUUCUAAUAAACCGAACAACCCAUUUUUGUCUACAAAUACUGCCUCUUCCCAAUCUGCUAGAGCACCAACAUCUGGAAGUGCCAAUGCGCCUUUCAAUUUCUCACCAAAGUUUGGUGGUGCAAGUUUGUUAGCUGCCCAGAACAAAUCCAAGGCAGGAAGCAGCAGUGCCCCAUUUAAUUUCUCUCCGCAGUUUGGUAGUGUGAAUUUGGUCGCGUCUCUGGAUAAGUCCAAAGUAACCUCACCUGAAUCAACGUUGUUGUCUGGAAACCAGUUCGCCCAACCAGGAAAUAACAAUUCAUUGUGCACACAGAGUUCAGCAAGUAAGUCGGAUAUGAUGUCUCCGGAAGAAUCAAACACGGGGAGCUUACCAUUUGGUUCAGCACCUCUGAGCCCUAGUCCUUUCAGUUUGAGCUCUGUAACUGCCUCUGGCACGACCUCUGUGAUUACAACUACUCCACUGCCUCUGCCAUCUAUGGCUUCUUCUGCUUUGGGGUCUAGUAAAGCAUUCUCGGUGUCACCAAUAUUUGGCAGCAGUCCAAUCACGACUGCUCCAUCGUCGUUUGGCAUGCCGAAUAAUGGUUCCGCUAUGUCCAUUAGCCCCUCUAGCGCUGUAUUUUCAUUCACUUCGGCCACACCUACAAUACCAGAUCCACCAUCCUCAACACCACUAUUUGGUAGCACGAUCCCAACUAUUGGCUUCAGUACAGGAACUGAUCAGAUGACUGUGGGGAAUAACCAUACUCUUUCUGUUACGGCCCCACCAUUUGGCUUUCAGAGCAAUUCACUGUCAACUCCAGCUUUCAGCGGCUUUCAGAGCAAUUCACUGUCAACUCCAGCUUUCAGCACGCCAGCUACUCAAUUCGCUUCCACCUCAACCACCUCACCUGGCAUUUUCCAGUUUGGCCAGCAGAGUCAAGCUUCGUCAGGUGUCUUUUCAAUGGGCACUGUCCGUGACAAUGACAAGUCUGGCAGAAGAAUUGUCAAGGUAAAGAGAAAGAAAUAGGCUACUCUGUUCAAAGUUGAUUGAGGCUCGGAACUUGCAGUCAAAUUGGCCUGUGGACCAGCCUACAUUGCAAAUUGAUAUGGCUCCCAGGGCUCUGGCGAUCGGCGAGUGUAGUGCAGCACAUUUGUUCACUUGAUAUCGACUGAUCUGGCAUGAGAUUGCCCGUGGCGUUUUUGGCACAGUACCUAUGGUGGACUCUCUCUAGUCUAUUUUGUUGAACUGAAUUUUGUUGCAUGAUUUUGUUCCCUGAUGUACCAUUACAAAAACAUUUGUAUAUCGAAGUAAUGUUUUGAGGUAUCUGUUCUUGUUA